AUGACAUCCGCUGGCGGCGUCAGCUGGGAGUGGAAGCCGGUCGUGCGCAGUGACCUCCUGGCCCGCGGCUUCCACUCCUGCAACGUGCUGCAGGGGCAGCUCCUGAUCUUCGGUGGCCUGAAGUCGCAGGAGUGCCAUGGGGCCCCCCUCGGGGACCUGGUGGCCUUCGACCCACUGCUCCAGACGGUCCGAACGCUUGCUCCUGAAGGUGGGCCCCGCCGGAGCCACCACGAGGCCGUGGUCCUGGCCGACCGCUUCUUGUGCGUGGUGGGAGGCUGGGACGGCUCCCGCCGCACCUCCGACGUGGGCUGCUUCGACGCCGAGCAGGGGCGGUGGGAGCGCUGGACCGCGGGGCCUUCCAGUGAGGCCCCCGUGGGGCUGAGCAGCCACACCUGCACCAAGCUGACAGACCACGAGCUGCGGGUGGUGGGCCGCGAAGGCGGGCUGCGAACACAGCGGCGCUACGCCAGCAUCUUCACCAUGCACAUCAACCCCAGCACCAAGACAUACUGGUACGAAGAGGAGGCAUCUCGGACGGCCUCCCGGGCCGGCCAUUCCGCCAUGCUCGUGCGCGAGGCCAGGCCAGGCGGGAGGAGCAGUGGCUACGCGCUCCUGGUGUUCGGUGGGCGUGACUCCGCCGACCUCGACGUGGCUGGGCGGUGGGAGAAAGGGAAAAUCCACGCCGAUUCUGUGCUCGCUCCGGGACUGACGGAGCAGCUCUCUCGCCUGGUCAGCUCUGGAAGGGGCUCACGGCAGGCUCCCAAAGGCCUGAGGCAUCAAUCCUGCUCGGUCGUGGGACCGUUCGCCGUCAUCUUUGGAGGGGAGACCUUAGCGACGGGGAGGGAUUCUGUUUGCAACGACCUUUACAUUUAUGAUACACGGUCUUCGCCUGCAAACUGGUUCCAUUUUCCUUGUUCCAACCGGGCCCAGAAGAGGGUUGGUCACCGAACUUGUCUUUGGAAUGACAAGCUGUACUGUGUUGGGGGCUUUGGGACUGAUGGCAAGUCCCCCUGCCCCGAGAUCUGCAGCCUAGAAAUCUCCCUGUGAAGGCAAGGACCACC